AUGGCCAGACAACAGAAGCGACAUAAACAGCUCUUUCUCAGCUCUCACACCAUGACCCGACAUGGUAAGAACUGCACGGCAGGCGCGGUCUACACGUACCAUGAGAAGAGGAAGGACACGGCGGCCUCGGGCUACGGCACUCAAAGCGUGCGGCUCGGGAAGGACGCCAUCAAGGACUUCGACUGCUGCUGUCUGUCCCUGCAGCCGUGUACUGACCCAGUGGUUACACCUGAGGGGUACCUGUAUGACAAACAGGCCAUACUGGAGUACAUCUUGCAUCAGAAAACUCAGAUCUCUAAACAGAUGAAGGCGUACGAGAAACAGAAGCAGAAACUGAACAAAGAAGAAGAGAGCAGCAGCAAGAGCCAACAUAACCACAAGGUGGAACAGUUCAAGACCAGUGAAAGCAGUAUUGUGUCAAAGCCCAUAAACCCGUUCUCUCCUCGGACAGAAGAGGGCGCUGUGGCAGCUGCUGUUAGUGUGGCAGGCAGCAGUAAGUCUCUGCCAAGUUUCUGGGUGCCGUCUCUGACGCCAGAGGCCAAAGCGUCCCCUGUGGUGAAGCCGCGUAAGACCGUGCUGUGCCCCAUGUCGGGCCGUCCUCUGCGCAUGGACACCCUGACGCCUGUGCGGUUCACGCCUCUUGACCCAUCCCUGCGGCGAGAGCAGCUGCUCGGGCGACAGGAGCGCUACGUGUGUGCUGUGACCCGCGACGCACUGGGGAACAGCGUACCCUGCGCCGUGCUGCGACCGUCUGGAGCCGUGGUGACACAAGAGUGUGUGCAAAGGCUGAUCCGCAAAGACAUGGUCGACCCAACAACUGGUGACCAGCUGAAGGACAGCGACAUCAUCCUGCUGCAGCGUGGCGGCACGGGCUACGCUGGCUCAGGAGUGGAGCUGAAGGCCAAGGAAGCGCGGCCUGUCAUGCAAGCUUGA